AUGGAUAUGGAGACAGAUUUGGAAGAAAGGUUAAGCAGAGGAACAGCAGAGGAGAUGGAACAAGGAUCAACCACCGAAACUCAGAUUGACAGCAAAUUCUUUGGACUCGUAGCGACACAACCGGAAUGGAGAAAGAACCUGGACCCAACCAUACAUGAAGCAAUGAGUGGAGAAGACAGAAAGCACUGGGAAGAGGCCAUGCGAAAGGAGCUGGAUGGGUUGGAGGUGAUGGGCACGUGGGAGAUAGCCGACCUCCCGAAGGGUGCAAACACUGUCGACACAUGUUGGGUACUCAAGAUCAAAACCGAUGCAAACCUCAUGCUGACAAAGUUCAAAGCCCGGCUCGUGGCACGAGGUUUCACCCAAUGCGAGGGCAUUGACUACACAGAGGUCUUUGCACCAGUAGCACCCAUCCAAUCCAUUCGAGGGGUGAUCGCUGUUGCAGCACAAGCAUACCUGAACUCCACUAUACACCAUGAUGUAUAUCUCAAGCCCCCAGUAGGAAUCAAAAUACCACCUGGAAAAGCGUUGAAGGUAGUGAAAGGGCUGUACAGUCUGAAACAAUCAGGCCGAGAAUGGAACAUUGAGUUAGACUCACAUCUCCGGAUGAUCGGAUUUCAUUGCAUGCCGAGUGCACCAUGCCUAUACUCAAGAGGGACAGACGACAAGAUCACGAUCAUCACAGCAUAUGUGGAUGACAUGCUGAUAACAUCACCCAGUCGUGAUGAAGUAGACCGCACUAAGCAAGAGAUCAUGGACAAAUGGGAGAUGCAAGACAACAGAAGGAUCAAAGAAUUUCUGGGUAUCAAGAUCACACAUGAUAGAAGACAGAGGAGGAUAUCUCUGGGCCUAAUGGCAUACAUCAAAGAAAUGGUGAACAAAUGGUUAGGAGGAGCAAACGAGAAAUCUUGGGUACCCAUGCUGAGUGUAGCGAACAUCGCCAGAGGCGAGAGAUGUGAACCUCAUGCAUGGAAGGCAGCCAUUCACAUGGUAAAGUACCUGAACCAAACGAAUGAAUAUCAGUUGCACUUAGGAGGGGAGACAAACAAGCACUUGGAUACACUGGUAACGACGUAUACUGAUGCAAACUGGGCAUCUGACCCCACAAAUGGACGAAGGAGCACCUUGGGGUCGAUAACAUAUGUGUAUGGAUGUCCAGGGUGCAUACAGGUGAGCAAAGAUCCAGCCAAACAUUGGAAGUUAAAGCACAUCGACACACGGUAUCAUUUCAUCCGCGAUCAUGUGCAAGAGGGUGAUGUGGCAAUCAAAUAUGUCGGAACAGCAAACAACAUUGCAGAUGUCUUGACAAAACCUUUACAGGGUCUCAACACCUCACGAUUGGCUAGGAUGAUAGGGCUGGAGAUCCCGCUGAAGGGGGGAGUUGAAGAUGCAUUGGCAUCUCAAGCAAGAUGCACAUGUCACAGCUGA